ACUUGCUUGAAACUAGAGGAAAGACCAUUUUAGAGAAAGAAGCCUUCAUAUUUUGGAGAUGAACCUCCCCUGCAGUCCGCACCUCAUAAUCUCAAUAAAGGCUUUCAACACUUGUUUCGAGAGAUUUGGUUUUUUGUGCAAAACUAAUUAAACGUCAGUAUAUUUUGAAAACCAUUCCUCCGAGUCUGAGCCCAAAAUACCCUCCAAUCCUCUGAACUCAAAAUACCCUCUGUCUCCUUCCAUUCAAAUUCCUAUUAUCUGAUAGAGAUGGGUUUGCAGAUUGUUGAGCCCAACACGUGCUUUCGAGGUUGCUGCCGCAGCGAAUCAAUACCUCUUCAUCUUCCUCCUUCUUCCUACUCUAUCUUGUCCCCAAUCGCUCGAGGGGCAGAGAGUGUCGUCUAUGAAGCAACUCUAGAGGGGAAAAAAGUUGCCGUGAAAAAACCCAUUUUGUCUACCUCGGAGAAUAUUGACAAAUUCCACAAAGAAUUGCAAAUUUUAUGCAAGUUGGAUCAUCCCGGAAUAGCCAGGCUAGUUGCAGCACAUGCAAAGCCCCCAAAUUACUUGUUUUUCUUUGAAUUCUAUGAUUCUGGAAAUCUUUCGGAGAAACUACAUGUGGAAGAAUGGAGUCCGAGUAUUGAUCAAGUGCUCACAAUCGCGCUCGAGCUAGCAAAAGCUCUGCAAUAUCUACAUAACUUUGGGAUUGUACACAGGGAUGUGAAACCUGCAAAUAUUCUUCUUGACAAGAACCUUCAUCAAUAUCUAGCAGACUUUGGUUUGGCAGAAAACAAGAGAGAUCUCAAACAAGUUUCUAUUGAAAAUUGGAGAUCAUCUGGCAAGCCAACCGGUGGUUUCCACAAAAAGAACUUGGUUGGCACACUCAUUUACAUGGCACCUGAAAUAUUGACAAAGGAAACACAUACCGAGAAAUCAGAUGUCUAUAGUUUUGGGGUAUCAAUCAAGUAAGA